GGAGCCUCGUUUUUCUUGACUUUUCCGUCCAUUUCAGUUGCUCGUCACUACCACCAUCCUUUUUAACCGGGACAACAUGGCUACUGCAGCGAGCCGUUACUACAGCGAGGACGGCCGGGCAACCAAGAGGCAGAAGACCGACGGGAUGGCCACGGGAUACGAAGAUCCACACAAGACACUUCCUUCUGUGGUGGUGCACGUCCGAGGGCUGGUGGACGGUGUUACAGAGGCGGACCUUGUGGAGGCCUUGCAAGAAUUCGGCGCAAUCAGCUACGUAGUGGUGAUGCCCAAGAAGCGGCAGGCGCUGGUGGAGUACGAGGACAUGAACGGGUCAUCCACAGCCGUAACCUACGCCGCAGACAACCAGGUUUACAUCGCCGGCCACCCAGCCUUUAUCAACUACUCCACUAGUCAAAAGAUCUCCAGGCCGGGAGACUCUGACGACUCCAGAAGUGUUAAUAAUGUUCUUCUGCUCACCAUCAUGAACCCGAUCUACCCCAUCACCACGGAUGUCCUCUACACUAUCUGCAACAACUGUGGACCCGUCCAGAGAAUCGUCAUCUUCAGGAAGAACGGCGUCCAGGCGAUGGUUGAAUUCGACUCCGUGCAAAGCGCCCAAAGGGCCAAAGCAUCGCUCAACGGAGCAGACAUCUACUCCGGCUGCUGCACGCUGAAGAUCGAGUACGCCAAGCCCACUCGUCUGAAUGUGUUCAAGAAUGACCAAGACACCUGGGACUACACGAACCCCAAUCUGGGAGGACCAGAUGGUGAUGCAGAUGGCAAUGGGAGCAAUGCAGAAGAUGUAAAUGCCAACCCCAACAAGCGCCAGAGGCAGCCUGCUCUGCUGGGCGACCACCCUCCAGAGUACGGAGGUGGUUACCAUGGCUACGACGAGAGCUAUGGAUCUCCGCCCUACGAGGGCCGCCGCAUGGGUCCACCGAUGAGAGGGCGCGGGGGAAGAAGCUACGGGCCGGGUUACGGACCUCCUCCCCCUCCUCCCGGCGAGUACGGCGGCCACGCUGAGUCUCCAGUUGUCAUGUUGUACGGCUUGGACCCCGUCAAGAUGAACGCCGACCGCGUUUUCAAUAUCUUCUGUCUCUAUGGCAAUGUAGAGCGGGUGAAGUUCAUGAAGAGUAAGCCUGGGGCAGCUAUGGUGGAAAUGGGAGACUGCUAUGCAGUGGACCGCGCCAUCACUCACCUCAACAACAACUUCCUCUUUGGACAGAGAAUGAAUGUGUGUGUGUCCAAGCAGCAAGCCAUUGUACCGGGUCAGUGUUACGAGCUGGAGGACGGCACGAGUAGUUUCAAGGACUUCCACGGGUCCAGGAACAACCGGUUCACCUCACCAGAACAGGCGGCCAAAAACCGCAUUCAGCACCCGAGCAACGUGUUGCACUUCUUCAACGCUCAGCCAGACGUCACGCCAGAGGUCUUCUCCCAGAUCUGUGAUGAGAUCGGCGUCAAGUGCCCCGUCAACGUCAAAAUGUUCACAGGAAAGAGUGGCGCAGCUCCCAGUGACCGCAGUGCUUCUGGUCUGUUAGAGUGGGAGUCCAUCAAUGACGCCAUGGAGGCGCUGGCUCUGAUGAACCACUACCAGAUGAAAAACGCGGGUAUGUGCAAGACCCUCACAUCUUCACAUACGGCCGGCCCUUACCCUUACACCCUCAAAUUGUGCUUCUCCACCGUUCAGCACGCCAACUGAGCGCAACCCUUGUAGCCAGGAAGACGAAGAUUGGUCCACCAUUCCCACGUUCACAUGUACUUUUUGACCAUGACUGCUUGCAACACACCUG